AUGUCCACCACUCCGAUUGCUAGGCCCGCCUGCGAGGCUUCUAGCGAGCGUGAAAUGCCCACGCCUCAGCGCAAAGACAAGGGCAGAAUGCCAGCCCCGAGCUCGCUGAAGCGGGAAGACAGCGAUGGCAAUUUAUCGGAUGAUCCCGCGCCGUACUCAGGCCGCAGACUUACUAACAAAGAGAGGUCUUCCAAAGAGAAGUUCGAACCCCACGACACCGACCCGACCAAGAUCGAGGCGACAUUCCGGAUCAAGAUGCCCGACGGCAGCGGCUGGUUCACCCAGAAAGACGUAAUACCAGAGCAGCGCGAUUCCGCCGAUGAGGACUUGUACGAGCCAUGCGCCAGCAUCUUCUUCCCAGACCUCGACAGCCGCAAGGUACCUAAGAAGGACAAAGAAAAGAAGAACGAUGUUGCCGUGCGGUGGAACAAGGUCGCCGAUCUCCGUUGGGAGCGAACAUUCAAAGGCAAAUACGAGGUCUUUACUCCUAGCAUCGCUCUCCGCCGCUUCAACGCUCGUACCCACGCCUACGAGCACAUCCAUAUCGGGACGUCGAAGCUCAACAACAUCGAUCCCAACAAUAAGAUGUGGAAGGAUGCUUACAACAAGUGGAUUGAUCAGAUCUCGCGCCGCUCCAACGCCAAUUACCAGAAGAAGAAGACACGCGAUCAUUGGACAAUUGGAGAGAUCUGCGCCAUGUAUACCGCCAUAAAUGCCUUUGUCCACGAAAAUGGCAUCGACGCCUACGAUAGUAUGUCGACCAGCGAUCUGAGCGCCAUCACGGAUGCGAUCAACGCUGUUGGUGGAAAAGCCCGCGGCCUGGACGCUCUACGAGGUCAAAUUACGUCGGCCCAUGAAACGAAGAACCAUACCAUGUGGUAUCUUCGCGAGAAUGCGCGUGAGUUUCGUCUGAUGAUUGAGGGGGGCGGCAAAGUCAGCGAUGAGGAGCGGUAUCCGGAGCACAUCAUUCCUUUGACAGAAUUCCCGGUCGAGAAGCGUACAACCUACCGAAUGGGCAUGCGAAAAACUAGGGCUGGCACUUAUAAGAGCAAGUUUCGAUCUGUUGGCACACAGACUGGUGAUGAUAACGUGGUCCACGAUGACUCCGAUGGCGGUGUUGGUAACAAAUCGUCUGUGGGUCUUGUAGUGAAGAAGCGUAAGCGCGGUGCACCGGCUUCUGACAGCGAAAAGGAAGAGGCUGGAGUCCCUGACGACGACAGUGAAGAGGAAGAAGUGGAGCACGGCUAUGGGAGCGAAGCCGGUGAGACAGAGGACGACGAAGAGAACAAUGGCGAUGCGGCUGAGGACGUAGAGGUCGACCACCAUCCACAAACUAAGAAGCCACGCCUAGCUGAACACGCAGAAGAGCUGGCUCGUCAACUGCUUGAAGAGGGUUCUGAUGAGGAUAUUUAG